AUGCGCACGGCCGAGGACAUCUACUGGCUCGUCUACCAAUGCUGGCGUAGGGGUGCCGAGGCCACCGGGCGAAGGGGCUUCCAGGAAUACCGCCGGCUUCUCGAAAAUGAGGGGUUGUACGACCUUCAUCGUGCCGCCCACAUUUUUGUGACUCACCGGAUGGAUCGACGCCCAUUCCACCAGCUUUGGAGAGCCUUCCAGAAGUUCGGGUGGAACCCAAGACGUUUCCUCGAUCUGUUGCGCCUAGCUGGUGUGACGCAAGCGGAGCGCGCCGAAGCCGCGGCCGCAGCGUCGAUCCGGUAUCUCCACACAAAGCCCUAUCGAAUGGUUGCCGUCCAAUUUCCUUAUGGCAGCCUGUUGGGUAAUCUACAGUCCGCCGUCAAUCAACAUCUCGAUUUCAAAACUAAAAAAACAUUGAGGAGUACCAACAAGCUAUUCCUCGGAUUCCCAGUCGACUCGUUGUUGUUAGGCGGUAGAUGGCCAUUGACGGAGUUUGCCGUGACAGAACCGGGGGCGAUUCUCGGCUACGAUUCGAGGGUCGCGUGGCGCAUCUACAUUAGCGACAUCUUACAUCCACCAAAAAUACACGUGGAGGUUGAUUGCGAAGUGGACGUGAUUUGCCCCGAUAUUAGCUGUUACAUCGAGUACUUCGUUGGCGGCCGGCGCAAGGACUACGAGUUGUUGCUCAGAAUGAAAGCGGGAAGUGCCUCUCAUCUACGGAUCCUCGACAAGCUGAUGCUGCGCCUCGGAGGUGCCGAGUUGCAUAUUGCACUGAGCCCGAAUAUCCAGCCGCCACUCUGGAUGAACCAGCUCAGGGCGCUUCGCUGCGGUACCGUCACUAUAUAUCCUGUAUUUGGUAAUGGCGCGCAAAGAAAUGCUGAUAAGAGAUACCUCGAAUUAGAUGACUGGCUGCCGCAGGAUAUUCCACCAGAUCGGGCCUACGUUUGUGCCGGUGGACCCCGACCUCGCGACUACCUUGAAAUUUAUCUCGACGCGUUUCAAAAGUUGCGUGACUGCCCAGUGCCGAGGCCGUCGACGCCAGAUGGGCGCCGGCUCGUCAUCGUGGAUACUCAUGUCACUAACAAGAUUGUGGAUGGGCGACAUGUAUGGCCUCAACUUGCACUGUCGAACCUGCAGAAGUUGCAUGUGGCCUAUGAAAACAUGGUGAAUGAGGUGACGGAUGCGAUGGACAUGUAUCUCACAGACAAUAUACAGCUUUACCGAAUGGACCUUUCAAAGGCGGCGCCGCGUCCAUCCUGGUUCUAUAACAGAUAUAGCCCAUCAUUCGCCAAUUUCGUUGUGGCACAAAACUAUUCAUCCCGGCACCAGGUCUAUGCACAACUACUUCAGCUCUACAAGGGGUGCGGACGAGACGCCGCGAGCACUUUGCAGCUCAUUUGGGAGGCG